GCUCUUGUAAUGGCUUUCAAUGCGUUCCUCAAGUAUCUUCCCACGGGUUGGACGGAGGAGAAAUAUCAGCAUGCAAGUGAUAAAGACUUCGCAGACAUCCCAGAAGACGUCAGUCAGACAAUUCUCGAUCUGCAAGAUUUCGUCCAGAAGUUGAAUGCAGAGAGAGCAGCUCGAGGACUUCCUUCAAGACAACUAAACCUCUCAGACGACGCUGAUGAGAUGCACUUCUUGGUAAAGUUGGUCGAAGACGCUGGCUGGGACGAUUUUGGCUUUCUAGUGUUUCGCACACACUUCGACGAUGACAACCUCUGGAAUCAGUUUCGCGAUCUGUGGGAUCCAAUCUUGCAGCAGGGUAUGGACGCAGCGCCUGCAUCAGCUGGACUCGAACGCAUACGAGAAAAACUAUGCAUGAAGAUGGUCGACGAUGAUGCACUGAACGAUAAAUUUCCUAAAGAUGUGGCAUUCGCAUAUCGACUGUGCGAGGAUGAUGAAGAUCUUGAUGAAGACGAGAUCUUGGAGCUAGGUCUUCGCACUCGCAUGUGUCUGUUUGUCGACGAAGAAUGCAUGAGGUCGGUCACUGAACCAAAGUCAAAUGUACCACCGUUUGUCAAGGCAGUAGAUGUCUCACUUGGAGAAACCUUAUCGCGGUCACAGAAUGCCGUAUUCAAAGUUGCGAUCAAGUCUUUGGUCAUGGACUUCUAUCCAUCUCUNGUCUUGCCAGGGAUCGAAGACGUUACUAGAUUGUAUCCGAAUAGCGAGAACGAGAUUUGGACAGAUCUGUCGCAGACCUUGCAUGGAGAGGACGAGUGGAGAAAACUUAAGAAGAUCAUGGGGUACUAA